UCUAAAACUACUCUUACAGCUAAAAUAUAUAUAGUUGAGACUUGAGAGAAGCCAAUAUAAAAGAAAGGUUAGUAUAGCUAGUAUGGAACUUGUUGAGAAUGUUGUGAUUGUAGGAGCUGGAAUUGCUGGCCUCACUACAUCCUUGGGACUUCACAGGUUGGGUAUAAAGAGCCUAGUACUGGAGUCAGCAGAUUGUUUGAGGAUAACAGGCUUUGCUUUGUUGAUAUGGACCAAUGCUUGGAAGGCUUUGGAUGCUAUUGGUGUUGGAGACUCUCUUCGCCAACAACAUGACACCCUUCUAGGAAAUGUUACUUCAUCUACAGAAUCAGGACUCCAAACAGCAGAGAUGUCAUUUAAGGCCAAAGGAAAAGUUGGAAAGCAUGAAGUUCGAUGUGUAAAAAGGAAGUUGCUCUUGGAAGCUCUCUCAAAUGAACUCCCAAGUGGUACUAUCAGAUUCUCCUCCAAACUGGUUGCUAUUGAAGAAUCUGGUUUCUUCAAGCUGCUUCAUCUUGCUGAUGGAACUGUCAUUAGAACCAAGGUGUUGAUAGGGACUGAUGGAGUGAAUUCAGUGGUGGCAAAAUGGCUAGGAUUCAAUAAAGCUACACAUACAGGGCGAUGUGGCAUUAGGGGGUGUGCAACUUUUGACAAUAAUCAUGGAUUUGAGCCACUCUUUAAUCAGUUCUUUGGAGAUGGUGUUAGAUUUGGUACCAUUCCUUGUGACCCCAGAUUCGUCUACUGGUUUUUUACCUUUGCUCCUUCCCCUGACCAAGAGAAAGAGCUAGAAGAGAACCCAACUAAAGCAAGGGAGUUUGUAUUGAGUAAAUUGGGAGUGAUUCCUGAUCAAAUAAGAGGUGUAUUUGAGUCCACAGAAUUAGAAGCCUUCAAGUUGAUAUCUCCACUAAGAUGUAGAAAACCAUGGGAGCUUCUAUGGAAAAGCAUAAGCAAAGGCAAUGUUUGUGUGGCCGGUGAUGCCAUCCAUCCCAUGACACCGGACCUCGGCCAAGGCGGCUGCUCAGCACUGGAAGACGGCGUCGUUUUGGCCAGGUGUCUUGGGGAGGUGUUGCUGAGAAACUCAAGCAAGAAAAGUGAAAACCUUGAAGAGGAAUAUAAGAACAUAGAAAUGGGGUUGAAGAAGUAUGCUAGUGAGAGGCAAUGGAGGAGCUUUGACCUAGUUGCUACAGCUUAUGCUGUUGGUUAUAUACAACAGAGUGAUGGUAGAGUCUUGAGUUUCUUAAGGGACAAGUUUUUGGCUCCAUUUUUGACUAGUUUGGUGCUCAAUAAGGCUGAUUUUGAUUGUGGGAAACUCACUCACAAUUCCUAGUUCCAACUUCUUUAUCUACUUUUUUUUUUUUUAAAUAAAUUUUAAUAAGAGAUUGAAUCAUAUUUCUAGCCGAA